AUGGAGGCCACCUCUGACCCACGUUCGGGCGAGAGCAAUGGCAAUGGCAAUGGCAAUGGCAAUAGCAAUGUCAGCAACAACAACAACAGUAAGCCGCUUGCCGGCGCGCACAAGCCCGGCCUCAGUACCAUGACGACUACGUCCCCGCCAGACCCAGACCCAGACCCAGACCUGGACCUCGUCGUCGACGCUUCUCCUGUAACCUCGCCCCCGUACUGGGUCCUGACGCACCCGAGAUCGUUCUCCAAUAUCUCGGUCGAGCCAAUACAAGCUGGCGCGAUUACGCUGCAGGAUAAUACUGAUGAGGGGGACCCAAAGAACAAAGCGUGCUGGGCGAGAAGCGUGUACAUUCAAGACUAUGUAAUAGUUAAUGCGAGUCGGACAAAUAUAGGCGCAUUCGUGGUCUGGAACAUCAACGUUGAUACUCUACAAGGUGGUUCGAUGCGCAUUCGAAAGCGAUUCUCAGAGUUCGAUGAUCUAAGAGACAAAUUACUUCAGACGUUUCCCAACUCGAAAGCUGCGAUGCCUCCGCUGCCUCCAAAGAGUGUGAUAUCCAAGUUCCGGCCGAAGUUCCUCGAGAAUCGAAGGAGUGGCUUACAAUACUUUCUCAACUGCAUCCUGCUGAACCCCGAGUUUUCUGGAUCUCCUGUUCUCAAGGAGUUUCUAUUUUCUUGA